AUGAAGUUCGGUAAUUGGAAGCGAUUCAAAGAAGGAUUAAAGAAAGUUGCAGCACUAUUAGCUUCUGGUGCGAAAUUUGGUGGGAAUGUAAUUGAAAAAGCAAAACCACUUAUUUCUAUAGCAUCAGAUUUUAUUCCAGGUGGUGAAAUAAUUAAAAAAGGUACAGAAGUAAUUAGUAAAAUAGCAGAACCUACAAGUGAAGUAUUAAAUAGAAUAGCAUCAGGUGAAAAUGUUGUUGGAGCAACUAAAAAAUAUUUAAAUCAAGUUAAAAAUGAAAUACCAAAUGAUAUUACUAAAACAGCAAGUAAAAUUAUUAAUCAAGUACCUGAACAUAUUUCAUUAAAACCUAAAGGAAGAACAGGAGUAUCACCUAAAUCUGCUUUAUUUGCUAAAAGACUCAAUGGUAAUGAAAGUGAAAUGAAUAAUGAAGAAGAUUAUGAAGAUUAUGAUAUUGAAGAUUAUCUAUAA